UUACACUGUUGCCGCUCCUCCCCGAACCGUACGGUUUACCUCUCCUUUGACCCUUCUUUCCCCUCUUUUCCCUGGCUCUCCUCUCGUUGCCGUCGCUUUCGGUCCUCCACCUUUGGUCGACGGUCGCCGGCGCCGACCUGUCCUCUCCUCUUCUCUCACCGUCGCUCGAUCUGGUCUCCGAUCCCUCUCCGCCUCUCCUUUCCGCUUCUCGAGCUCUCCCUCUUGCCGUCGUCGGCGCGCUCUCGUUUCUCCGAGGCUGGUAUAGCAUAAGAAGGGAAACAUGGGAGUGAAAGCUCAUCAAAAUGUUACUGAUUCACCUAAAGCCGAGGUUGGAGAGAUAGACACGAGGGCACCUUUUGAAUCUGUCAGAGCUGCUGUCAGCUUGUUUGGUGAAGUAGCAUUUUCAGCUGAUAGACCAACUGCGAGAAAGCCAAAGCCUUCCUCAGCAGAGAGAGCAUUGGCAAAGGAGACACAACUACACCUGGCCCAGAAGGAGCUAAACAAGUAUAAGGAACAGAUAAAAAAUGCUGAGACAACGAGGGUCCAAGCACUAGCUGAGUUAGAGGGAGCUAAAAAAUCUGUCGAGGAACUAACCCACAAACUCAAUACCAUAAAUGAGUCCAAGGACUUGGCACUAAAAGCAACAGAAGCUGCCAAGAAUCAAACAAAAGAACUUGAAGAUGAGAAUUCCAGUGACGGUACUGGAAAGGACAGUGCCUGGAAACAGGAAUUGGACAGUGCAAGAGAACAGUAUGCGGUUGCCAUCACAGAGCUUGAUGCAGCAAAGCAGGAACUUAGAAGGAUCAAGAAGGAUUUUGAGUCAUCCAUGGAAGCCAAACUCAGAGCAUUCCAUCAGGAAGCAGAGGCCAAGCGGUUGUCUGAUGUCAACACAGAGAAGGCUGCUCAACUCUCCAAGGAGAUUGCAGCUACACAGGAGUCACUUAUGCAUGUUAAGCUUGCCACAGAACAAGCCCAACAGGAGGAAUUGAAGAUACAUUCUGAGAAAGAUGCUGCACGACAGUCUUACAAACAAGCGCUAGAAGACACUGAAAAGAAAUUGGCGUCUUUACAUAAGGAGUUUGAUCCUGAACUUCAUAAGAAUCUUGAGGUGAAGUUGGCAGAGACAACUGCUGAGAUUGGAGCCAUCCAGAAGGAAAUGGAAGAUGCCCGUGCUUCAGAUUUAGAGUCUCUGAUGACCGUAAGGACGGAGCUUGAUGGAGCGAAGGAUGUGUUGCAAAAAAUUGCUGAAGAAGAAAGCUCCCUUAAGACCUUGGUGGAAUCCCUGAAGUUGGAGUUGGAAGCAGUGAAGAAAGAGCAUGAUGAGCUCAAAGAGAAGGAUGCAGAGACCGAGUCUGUUGUUGGGAACCUUCACAUCAAGCUUCAGAAGUGCAAAAAUGAGCUGGAGGCAGCCGUAGCUGCAGAAUUUAAAGCAACCUCAGCAUCUGAUGACCUGAUGUCAGCCCUUCAGCAGCUAUCUUCUGAAUCUGAGAGUGCAAUACAGGAAGCAGAAGCAAUGAAGAAAACUGCUGAAGAACUAAGAAAUGAAGCGGAAGCAUCUCAAAUAGCCUUAGCUGAAGCAGAGAAGAAGCUGCAGGUUGCCUUAAAGGAUGCAGAAGAAGCAAAAGCAUCAGAGGCAAGAGCCCUUGACCAGAUAAAGGAAUUAUCAGAGAAAGCAAAUGCUGCUCGAGCCUCAACUUCAGAGUCCGGAGCUAAGAUUACAAUCUCCAAAGAGGAGUUUGAGUCUUUGAGCCGGAAGGUGGAUGAGUCAGGGAAGUUGACUGAGAUGAAGGUUGCUGCUGCUAUGGCCCAGGUGGAAGCUGUGAGGGCUAGUGAGAAUGAGUCAAUUAAGAGAUUAGAGGUUACUCGGAAGGAGAUGGAGGACAUAGAGCUAGCAACUGAAGAGGCACUGAAGAGGGCAGAGAUGGCUGAGGCAGCAAAGAAAGCAGUGGAAGGAGAGCUGAGGAGGUGGCGGGAGAGGGAACAGAAGAGGGCUGCCGAGGCUGCUUCUCGUAUACUGGUUGAGACACAGAUGUCUGUGGAAGCAUCACAGACAAAACCCAAGCCUCCAAAUGCAAACAUAGUGGAGACAGCUGAAGGGAAUCAAAAGGUUAAUAGAGCAGCAGUCUCGAGGAAGACGGUGCUACCCAACUUCAGCGGCAUAUUCCACAGGAAAAGGAACCAGGUUGAUGGUGGCUCCCCGUCCUAUCUCCCAGGUGAGAAACCUGUAUGAUGUCAUACUCUUUGCUGCUGUAUGAUUUACCAAUGUGUGAUUUUGACCUUGAAAGUAAGAACGUAUGCAGGGGCUUUCUUUGUAGAUAGUAAGCAGUUUUUCUUUGCUUCUAAAUUUAGUUUUUGCAAUGUUGUGGUGCCUUCUGCAUCAGUUAUGAUUUGAGCUGAUCAUUUGGAGGGACUGUGUUUGAACUA